GCGCGCUCCAGUGAGUCAGUUCGUCCAAGAUGGCGACGCCCAGUGAGCUGUCUCUCGAGGAGAUUCGCAACUAUCUGCUGGAAAACGGGGGCACGGCGCGCAAUCACGACCUGGUGAAGCAUUUCAAGCGGUUCCUGACGGACCCGGAGACGCGAGUCGAGGCGAGGAAUCGUUUCAAGGAGUACGUCAAUAUCCUGGCCACCAUAAAGAACGAGGAGGGUGAAAAGUACUUGGUCCUCAAGAAGAAAUAUCGGCAACCCUUCUUAGACCUUUCGCCCCCUAAGCAAGUGGCAUCUCCCGUGGCCACCCCCGAUUUAGCUACUCCAGUUUCUCCUUUACGCGAGCCUCCACCUUACCGGCCGCCACCCCCCGCGCCCCUCAGCCCGUCCUCGAGCAGUUCUUACGCGAGCCUCGAAGAGAGUGCGUCGCCGAUAUCUGUGCGCGAAAAAAAUGACGACUCGGAGUCUGUCGGAGUGGCGUCGGUGUCAUCGCCACCUGUUCCACCACGUCGCAAAAGUCAGGACAAGCUCAAGGUGGAGAACAAGGAAAACGUCGACAGAAACCGGAACAGCACUUCGGAAGCCGUUAUAAAGGAGAAUGAAGCAGUUACGACAACGAAUCCUUCCUCGGCUGAACAGCUCAGCGUUCGUGAACGAAUGCAACGUUUCAAUCGAAUGGCUAGCGAAACCGAUCUUCAUGCCCGUCCUAACGAAACGACUGUUCCUGCCAGAAAACGAACGGAUAAGGGCGCCGACGAGGAUGACAGCGCUUCCGUUGCCUCGCAACUGGACGGAAAAUCGCGGGAGUGGCUGGUCAGAGCGGCGCAGGGAGACUAUCAGGCGUUGGCGAAGCUCGCGGCCGAGGAACCUCGUCUCACCAGGCUCAAGGAUCCGACUUCCGGCUAUACGGCUUUACACUGGGGCGCCAAACACGGGGACGAGAACAUCGUUAAAUUAAUAGCAGGCACCUACAGAGACUACAUCAAAAGUGUCAAUGAGACCACGAAUGGGGGCUACACGCCGCUGCAUAUCGCCAUGCAAUUCGGCCACGAGAACAUAUUCAACCUCUUAGUUCAAGUAUACGGCGCGAAUCAGGACAUACGUGAUUACAGCGGUAGGAAAGCCAGGCAGUAUCUGGCCUCGCAAGAGGCGGCAGUCAGUCAGGACACGUUUCACAAAAUAAAAGCAAGGAAAAAGCAUGCAGAGAAAGAUCUUGGUUUCCUACGAAUUGGCUCGUUGAACGUUCGCGUGAAACGUACGACGGAAGCCUUCAGCCAGUUCCUGGGUGUGGCAACCAGCAGUACGGCUAGCAGCAACAACGAGAAGAUUCAUAAAUCGUGGGGAUCCGCGGAUAACGUACAGCUGGAACAGAAGCUGAUGCCGCCGCCGAGGUACGCGCCCAUCAAGAAGCGCAGGAGCAGGCGUCCGCAGGACUUCGGCUCGUCGCAGGAACAGCAGCAGGUUGCCAGUCAGCCGACUACUCCGUUGCUGGAAGGUAAGAUCAGCCGACCGAACCGGGCCGUUCAGCGUCGACCGAUAUCCACGACGUCGGUCAGCUCCAGUUCCAUCGCCUCCGGUAGCCUUCAGCAGAACGAUUCCGACUCCGACACGGCGUGCGGUUUCGAUUCCGCGUGGCGAGGAUCGGACCAGCUGUAACUAGUCUAAUUCGUUAUCCUAAAUACCGUCGGCUUAUGCUUAUUCGAUUGCACAAGGCGUAGGAAAGCUUCGAUCAGAAGCUUCAGCGACAGUAGUUGAAGACUGCCUUUCCAGGUAGCAGAGUGACAUUAUAUGACGUAUUAAUAACGCCCUAAUGUCUCUAACGUCAAUAUGUCAUUAAGACGUCUUUAGAUGUCAUCUGCCUGGGUUCUGGAAAUUCUUUAAAAUGGCGGCGGAACCGAGCCUACGUAUAUGAUUUUCAUAUUGAUUGCGCACACGUUAAUGGUUUUUCAACACACGAAAUGACAUAAAAGAUAUUUUUUUGAUUAAAUUUGUAAACUUUCAGAUUGUUCUAUUUUGCAGGAUUUAAUUGUAAGAACACAAAAAGGCUGGUAAUAAAGAGUGGAUACUUCAAAUAUAGUUUCUUCAGUUUUUAUCGCGUGAUUCAAAUCUCAUUUUCUUCAAUAAAAUCAUUAACUUAUCUUCAAUAAGUUCAGUUCAUUAUUGUUAAAUAAUUUUGCUUUUUUGAUUAAAAAAAUUAUUUGAUGUCGUAUGUGAUAUUGUCACUCUUUCUUAUUUCAGCCGAAAUGCUCAAGCUUAAUUUCAAAUACAUUUUGUACAUAAAAAUAAACGCAUAUUUCUUUGUAUAUUUAUAUUUUUAUGUAGAAAUAUAUUUUACAAGCUGCGGAGUGUAAUUUAAAAAUGUUUAAUGUUGCGCUUACGUAUCGUGUGAGGUAUUUAUAGGAUAAAUUUUUUUAUACAUACGUUUCAAGAUAUGUACGCAAUUUUUAACUUUGCAUUUAAGACAUUGUUGUAUAUAUUACGCUAUCCGUAUGUUGGCAUCCUAUAUCUAAAAUCUUUAGACACUUCGAUGCUCAUUGUAUAAUAAAUCAAUGCUUAAAAAUUAUUUUAUUAAAUAAUGGAGAAAAUUUUUCAACAUAUAUUUAAUAAGAAAUUUUUAACCAUUGUAUCGUUAAUAAGCAUAUAAGGCGACAAUUAUUUAUAUCCUACUUUGUACAAUUUAAGCAAUAAACAUCACAUUCGAGAUUA